AUGGGUGGUCGACAAUCGAAAACCGCUGUGGUCGGUGUUCCUCAAACUUCGCUCGUCAAAACCGACGGCAAGGCUGAAAGGCGAAAAAAGUUUCGCUCCUGGCGUUCGGCUGCACCUGCGCUCGAUGGUAAUUCCAUCAAUGAUGCAUGGCGUUUCGCCGGAAACGGCAAGAGAAUCCAUAAUUUGAAAAAUUCAAAAUUGCUCGCUCCGCUGGUCGACGAAGAAGCCGAGAGAUUAAGAAGACAACAUCGAUUAUACAAGAGGAUCUGGCAGAACAACUUUUCGGCCCCCGUGGAAGAAAAAUUAAAAUCCGGUGGCGCCAGGGUUCUUGAUGUCGGGUGUGGUCCGGGAACGUGGACAAUCGAAAUGUCCGAAGCGUACCCCCUCUCCUCAUUCAUCGGAGUAGAUUUUAUGCCGAUAUUUCCACAAGAGAAACCCGAAAAUGCAAAGUUCAUACAGGCCAACAUACUCGACGGUCUUCCGUUUUUGGACGACACAUUUGAUUUCGUUCACAUGAGACUUCUGGUCACCGCUUUCACGACCACGGAAUGGGAGCAAAAAGUCAUUCCGGAAAUAAUAAGAGUCACAAGGCAAGGUGGAUGGGUAGAAUUCAUGGAAAGUGACAUUCAAUAUUGUAACGAAGGUCCGACGACGGCGCGAUUAACCAACUCUCUGAUGACAAUCAUGAAAUCUAAAGGAUUUGUUACACCGAUAAAUUCUUAUGUUCCUCAAUCGAUGGAGGCCAACGAGAAGUUUAUCAAAGGCAUCCAGACCGAGGAAAAGUCAUGUUUCGUCGGCCACUGGGCACGUGAACUUGGUCAAAUGGCCGUAGAUGACAUUACCAAAGGAUGGAGUGCGGUCAAAUCGCCGAUGUCAACAUUGAUGAAAGUGAAAUCUCAUGAAUACGAUGAAACCGUGGCAAUCUUUGCCAAAGAAGUUGAGCAAUAUAGGACAUUUUUCAAAACUUGGCGAUUCUUCGGUCAGAAGGCAGUUACCACUUCCUUGUCGUCGUCCAUAUCCACCCCAUCUAAAUGGAAUGAGCAAGAGCAACAGCAAGAGCAACAACAAUGA